CCGUGUGAUAAUUCUAUCGAGAUGAGUUUAUACUUGCUGCCAAUCAGAGCUCAGUGAUCUCCCGUUUUUGUAUUACUAUCAUAUUUGUGGCUGCCACGUGGCAGCUGACGAGAGGGUGUACCGCACUCCAAUCAACCCAUGCAAGGAAGCUUGAUUGCUCGCCAAGACACGCCAAACGCCACCUUCUCCUUCCAAAGCACACCGCACUAUAUAUGUCUCGAGCGAUGGGCGCCGAGCUCUCCCCGCCCCGGACGGCGAGGCCAUGGAGGAGGAAUUCGAGGAGGCCGACAUCCUAUGGCCCGGCUCCGGCCAUCGUCGUGACAGCAACGACAACGUCGUCGUCGACGGCGAGACGCAACUUACCGUGCCUUCAGUUCGUUCCAAGCUGCCCUGGCCGGAGCGGGCGGCUGCGCCGGUCGAGAUCUCUCGCCGGAAGCGGCGGUGUCGCCCCUGGCAGGCGUCGGAGCACGCCACGUUGGAUCAAAUAACCGAUGCCAGCGAGAGCGACGUCGUCGACGAAGACGAUUGCUCUGACGAUGGGAAGAUAACUGUGAAUAGUCUGAUGAUCGUGCCGCCGCACGUUCUCGUCGAACGAGGGAGGUUCGGAGGCAGGACGGCGGCGUACUCCAUGUGCGCCGGGAAAGGGAGGACGCUCAAAGGGCGGGACCUCCGCGAUGUCAGGAACCUCGUGCUCAAGAUGACCGGCUUCAUCGAGAAAUGAACAACGGGGAUGGUUUGUGAUCGAUAAUGGUAUGCUUGUGUGACCUGUGAAAUUUGUGGAACCAGAAGUUUUCAGCAAGGACGUAGGAGAAGAAGGAUAGAAGAUGAACUAGCCAGUUCAUAAUUUGAUUAAUUCGUUGUAAUUAACUUGCUAGCUCAUGGAAUAAAUGUACCUAGCUAUAAGAACCAGAAAAAAAAGAGUUGAAAAAAAUUCCAGCUGGUACUGAACUUCACCAUAUAUAGUAUGCUUACUGUAGCUGUGUUCGAAGUUCUCCUGCCAAAAUUGAUGUAACUGUGUUAGUAUUUCUAGUAAACAGGGAAUUGGGGUUAUUUAUUUA